CCCUUGUCAACAAACCGCACAUCUGUCAGGACCGUAUGUCCUCAUAAACACACAGCGUGUAAACAGGCCUGUAUACAGCUUUAGCUCUUCAACGGGGACACCUCUCUGCGGUUUCCUGUCAUUGAAAAGAUUUUUUAUCGACAUUACCAAUGACAAGAAUGGGUGUGUUUACCGCCCUGACCCUGCUCUGUUUGUGUGGUGUGGCCAGUAUCGAUGGAACAUCGGAUCCCAAUCUUGAGCUAGAACUAUUCAAGUCAGCACCAAAGGAGAUUGUUCCUCAGUAUCCAGAAUAUAAAAGUCUUACGAAAGACAAGUCUGACGCUUCAGCAAUUCCUUACUCUGCGCAGAAAAGGCGGGAACUUGGCUAUACUGCGCAACGAAGAAGGGACAUUGGAUAUACUGCACGGAAAAGGCGAGAUCUCGCAUACACUGCGGAAAAAAGAAAUGAUCUCGGGUAUACUGCACGCAAGAGGCGAGAUCUUGCCUACACUGCAAACAAAAGAAAAGAUCUCGGAUAUACUGCGCGGAAGAGGCGGGAUCUCGCAAAACAAUAAGACCUUAAUACCAUGAUCCAUUGAUGAAUUCAUCGAUAUGGAAAACAUAAAUUUUGUUUUCAUUCAUGUCUGUUAUAUGUGCUUAUGUAAACAGAUACAGAUAUAACGAUAUAAAGGACACUUUACUCGAAGUACACUAUGAAUAUAUAUAUGAAGUUUAAGAGCACUCCCGCGGUACAACGUGCAUCAAUGAUGUACCGUAAAGCGGAAUGAUGAGCAUUAGUAAAUGUUCUUCAAAAGCAGAGAAUCUGUUUUACUUAAUACAAUUGUAAUAAAAAUCAUUAAAGAAUAACAGUAAAAAGAA